UCUGAAUCAAAAGCUGAAGAGAAAUUUGAUUUGAUAACACACAAAAGUUUAAUAGCAGAUGAAGCCAACAUUAACAAGAAGAUAUUUGAAGAUAUUGUUGACAAUUUCUGGGAGACUACAUUUUAGAGGCAGAAACACUCAGGUUGGUGAAGAAACUAAGCAAGUUAUAAGCCAAAAUAUUAUUAUCAAAUAUCGUUUGAAGUUGAUUAAAAAUAUUAAUCACAGGAGGAGUGAGGCUUUCUCAAAGUUCUUUUCCCAGCCAUUCACCAUCUAUGAAGAAUUAAAUAUUAUACAAACCUUUCAAAUUAAUUUCCCAUAUUUGAUGAGACUCUCAGAUAAAUUCAAUUACAGACUUUUGAGCAAAACCCUUUCAAGAGUCAGCAAAGAACUUCAUUUCAGAAGAUGUUCAAUCACGAAAAGGGAUAUCCAACAGCUAAUCAUGAUGUCGAGACAUUUAGAGCACAUCUGAUUUACAAAUUGAAGUGUUCCAGCCCAAACUUUUUCUGACACUUUUCUGAAUUACCAGCCUACAGAAUGAACAAAGCUGAAGGAAAUAUCUUUUGUAUUCCGCUCAUUAAGAAAUAACAUUGUGAGUCCUGAGUUUAUAUCAACUAUCAGGAGUAUCGUACAAGGAAUCUCGCACUCUAAUUUUAAACUGGAGCUGACGUUUGAACUUCCAAGUCUUAAAAGCGUAGAAGAUAUCGAGAAUGAAGACUUCAGGAUUAAGCCUAAUUCGUGGAAAGUCGAACAAUGGUCAACGAUAUUCACUAUUGAUUGCACUUAAUGAACUUCUUGAUUCAAUCGAGUCAGA